CACCAUCGUUUUCACUUCACAGCUUAUUAACGGAGUUUUAAGGUAUCACACCUUAAAUUCAGACAGAGGCAAUCAGUUUUGUUCCUGUAUCUUCUCUCUGGCUGUGAUGGACUCCAAUGAUGAUUAAAUACUGAAACAGUUGAAGAAAUUUCAAUAUCAUUAACAGCAAACUCAAUUUUCAUCAUCUUUUAAGAGUGAAAUUCUCAUUGUCAUUGUAACUAACAGGUAGCUGUGUGACAGCUGUAACAGCUGUGACAUUAAUAACAUCAUUAUCAAUUUUUCAAUGGCUGACAAGCAGAUUAGUAGACUAAUGUGUGCUGCGUUGUUUCAGUCUGUCGGCUAAACUCAUCAACGGAGGUAUAGCCGGAUUGAUCGGCGUCACUUGCGUGUUUCCGAUUGACCUGGCGAAAACACGCCUCCAAAACCAGCGAAACGGAUCUCGCAUCUACACUUGCAUGUCUGACUGCCUCUUAAAAACCAUCCGAUCAGAAGGUUUAUUUGGAAUAUAUAGAGGCGCUGCAGUUAAUCUGACGCUGGUUACCCCAGAAAAGGCCAUCAAGCUUGCCGCCAAUGACUUUUUUAGACAUCAGCUCUCCAAAGAUGGGCAGACGUUGACGCUGGUUAGAGAAAUGUUAGCUGGAUGCGGGGCGGGUACCUGCCAGGUGAUCAUAACGACUCCUAUGGAGAUGCUUAAGAUCCAGAUGCAAGAUGCCGGCAGGAUAGAGGCCCGGAGGAAGCUGAGUGGCCAGCGGUGCGGAGGAGGAGAGGUCAAAGUCAGCCUCGUUCAGGUGAAAUCUCCCACUGCCCUCCAGCUCUCUAGAGAUCUGCUGAAGGACAAAGGCAUCGCUGGUCUAUAUAAGGGACUGGGGGCUACUCUGUUAAGGGAUGUGCCCUUUUCCAUCAUUUACUUCCCACUGUUUGCUAACCUGAACAGCCUGGGCAGCAGGAACGCUGAUGGUUCGGCUCCGUUCUACAUCUCAUUCCUGUCCGGCUGUCUCGCAGGCUGCACUGCAGCUGUUGCUGUCAACCCUGUGGACGUGAUAAAGACCAGACUUCAAUCUAUGACCUGUGGAUCUCAAGAAGACAUGUACAGUGGAGUAAAAGACUGUAUCAGUAAGAUUCUUUGUAAGGAGGGUCCUGCUGCAUUCCUGAAGGGGGCGUACUGUCGCGCACUGGUCAUCGCCCCACUUUUCGGGAUUGCUCAGGUGAUUUACUUCCUCGGAGCUGGUGAAUUUGUUCUCAGUCUUCUGUCGGUACAGAAACAAUGAACCCCCACUGUGUUUGGAAGUGCUGAUCUCUGCAUUCAAACUAUCAUCAUAGAUGUUAAGUUAUCUCAUUUUACACUUAGUUGUAGCUCUAAAAGUAAAAACAUUUUAGCUUUUAAAUUGAUUCAAAGGGAUGUGGAUUUUCUCUUUAGUAAAUUUCAUCACCAGUUUUUUUAAUUACCUGUUUAAUCAGUGUUCUCAGUCAUAAGGAUACGUCCUAAAUCUUGUUUUAUAUGUAAUGAUCGGUAUAUUCACUUUAAUCGCCUGAAUGAAGAUUUCUAAGUUCAAAUGUACUCUUUAAAAGUUCUUCAUUGUACUUUUUUGGCUGACCUUUAACAUCUGAAGGACAUUUCAGUUUCACAAAAGGUUUUGGUUAAAAUAACCUCUUAAGACAUUAAAAAGUAAAAAUGAAAAGGUUUUAUGAAGAACCUUUUGUCGCUCCUUUUUUGUACUGCAUAAAAAUGCAUGAGCAAAGUACAAUUUCUCAAUAUCCUUGUUUUAUUACUAUAUUUAAGUAAGUCCACCAUUUUUGUCUGGUACGAGAUAACAGUUUAUAUUUAUCAUUAGAGCUGGACUGUUGUAAUACUCUAGAUAUAUGUCUGUGAUCAUGAAACAAGUGCUACAAACCAGAAGACAAUCGUCCAUAAAAAAC